CACAAACACAAAACACCCUUUUUAACCUCAAUCUCUCUCUCUUUACAACUAACUCUUCUAUCCCUUUCCCUCGUUCCCUCGGUUCCCAUUCCCUCUCUUUUUGGCUUCUCGUCUCGCGCACGAGAGCGCAUGGCCACCAUUUCCAGAUCCCGACAAGCCCUGGAGUCCCGAUCUGGCGGGAAAAUUGUCCGCCCUAGACGAGUCGCCGGUGCCAGGACUCCGUACGACCGGCCGAGAUUGGCAAACCCUGGCCCCGAAAACCCUAAUUGGUUCUCCAGGCUCAUCUACUCCCCUACUCGCAUGAUUGCCAGCGGCGCUGGGAAGAUAAUUUCCUCUGUAUUUAGCCCUGACUCUUCCUCCUCCUCUUCUUCAGAGGAUGGUACUGACGACGAAGAUGUUGAUGAUGAUGAUAUUUCUACUCAAGAAGAUGAUGGACUGAAUAAGAGGAAUGGGACAUCAGGAAAGCUCAGUUUCUUUAGGAAGGAGCCCCCAGCAACACUAGGGAAGAGCGACAACAAGCAUGUAAUUGAACAACUGCUUAUGCAGGAGACCUUCUCAAGGGAAGAAUGUGAUAGGUUAAUAAAGAUUAUUAAAUCGAGAGUCGUAGGUUUUACCACUGCUGAAGAUGCAGAGAAUACAAGACCAAAUGUAGACACGCCUGAUUUCUGUGGAACAGCUGUUACGGAGGCAAAAAAAUGGUUGAAGGAGAGGAGGUUGGGAUCAAGUUCAAAGUCAGAUUCGGAUCAUGGAACCUGCACCUUAAAUUCUCUUAUGUUCCCACAAGGGGCUGAAGACAAAGGUGGUUCACCAGUGGAUGUAGCCAAGCUGUAUAUGCGGGCACGUCCUCCAUGGGCAUCUCCUUCUAUUAAGCAUGGAGAACUGAGAUCUCCAUCAUCAACAGGGAUGCAACUUUUCAAUGAAGAAACCCCAUAUUCAAUUGGUGGCAAUUCUGUGUCUACAUUGAAGCUGAAAAGGGACUUCCGUGCCACUGGGUCCUGGAAUAUCCAGGAUGAAAUACGAAGAGUGCGAUCGAAGGCAACAGAAGAAUUGCUGAGGUCCCUACCUUCAACAAGAAUUGAUUGGUCUGCAUCUACUUUAGGAAAUAGAAGUACCUCGGGUUAUUUGGUGGAUGGAAAACAAGAAGUUGAAAUGGGAGAUAAAAUUCACAAUUCUAAGAAUUCCAUAGGUGCAAACGUGAACUUGUCUUCUGGAGUAACUACAUCCUAUGGCUCCAAUGUUUCGGAGAAGACACAGUACGAGUUACAGAAAGAAGCUUUGCCACUUCCGGCUAUUAUCAGUUCCGAACAAAAUCAGGAUUCAGAUGUCGCUGCAAUUGAUGGAAAAGGAGGUUCUCAGAAUGCCUUAGAAGGGGUGUCAACCACUGGACAGCGACUUAAGGCAUCUGAAGAUAUGAAGACUGCUCCCAGUUUACUUAAAGGUGUCAUAUCUGUCUCUGAUGUCAAUAUGAUAAGGCAUGGCAAACUUGUCUGUGACACUGUUGCUGGUGAUUUUGGCGGGCAGAAGAACUCUAAUGGGACUGAACAGCGAAACACAGACAUAGGAGGAACCUCAGAAGUUGGAGAUUCAAAAUUACAUGACAUAACCUGUUCAACAACUGGAGAAGUGACUGGAUCAAGAAAUGCUUAUACCACAAAUGGUUUCCCUUCUUCGGUAGCCAGUUUGUCCGCACCAGACUUGGGUAUAGAAGAAAACCCUAUACUUAAUGGGGAAACUAAUCCAGUCACCUCAAGCCAUGAGAAGGUAGCUGUAGAUCUCACUGUGGAGGAAGAAGCCCAUGAGUUUUUCAACAAUGCUACUGUCGAGGUCGCCAAUAAAAAUGAAAAUGACGGCGUGCCUUUGAGUGAAGCUAGUAUUGAGGUACCCGAAUCGAUUGAAAAUUAUAUGGAUGUCACAAAGGACAACGAUUUUGUUGCCACUGGCUCCCAAAACAGCUCUAGUAUGGCCGAUGAAUAUUUUUCUCAGGAGCUGACCCAGCCGAAUUCAAAAAGCACCCCCGUCGUUGAGAAGCAGAAGGGAAAGAGACUCAGCAGAUACAACAGGAGAGGCAGGUCACGGGGCAAAUGACACUGAAUGAAUUGUGGCUUUUGUACCUUACUGUAUAAUUUAUUGUAUUCUAGCCUUUGUAAUUUGCCAAUUUUUUUUAUUUAUGUUAACAAGGUAGGAACUACUGUUGGGAAUUUUUAUGUCAUGGGAUUUUAGUCUACGUUUAGCUAGACUUGAAAGGAAAUUGUAGAGAAUUUUCCAAAUUGAUUGGAAUUGUGAAAACCAUCUGUUUGAGUAUGCCCGAUAUGUUGACAUUAA